AAAUGGCAUCCCGCAUUGGACAACCGCUCGAGAACGUAGUCUGUCCUAGUUCCAUGUAGCGAUUGCCGUCUCGCUCUUUUCGAGGUUUCCCACGAAAUGAUUUGAUGUUCUGAUGCAUAUAUACUCAUGGAAGAAAAACUGAAUCCGAUUACGGGUGAUUGCGAAGUCGUCCGUAUCUAGUGACCGGUGAAAGGCCAGGGUGCGACCAUCCUGGGGAUUUGAAAGGGGUAGAGCAGGCCUAGGCAGGUGUUGAGAGCGAUGUCAGCGUCACGGGUUUACCUUUUCACGUGCCCUCUCUUGUUUUUAUUCUUCCUUCUCUUCCCGACAUGUCAUCUUCAACGUGGAGUGCAAAAACGGUUUCCAGAGCUGUCAAGGAUCAGAUCAUGGCAGAGAGAUGUAGAUGUAGCAUUGGAGAAAAUGUUCAAGAGCACUUCAAAUGCAGACAUCAUGGAGAGAGGGUAUGGUAGACUCCGGAGCUUUUGGCAAGUGUCCCAAGAGGAUGUCUUCAUCCCCAAAGAAGUUGUUCAAGAAGUAAAGACUAUCAGCUCAAAGAUCUUUGAGGAAAGUUUGGAAGCAUUGAAGAUAUUGAGGGACACCAUUGAAUCUCAUGCAAGGAAUUUCAGCUUUGAAGUAUGGACAGCCACAGAUGAUGAGAGCAAGGAUCUGAAGCAUGUUGGGGGAUUGUUGCUCAGUGAAGACAUCUCAGGCUAUCAACUUCCAGUGGAUGUUCACAAAGGUACAUACAUCAAGCAGGAAAUAAAAUUCUCCAAAGUCCUUGAUGCAGCAUUUCGAGAAAAUCAAAGGACAAAGAAAGGCAUUAAAUGGCAAUAUUUUGCAAGUCCUUCUGGUUUGUACAGGCGAUAUCCAAUCCAACGUUGGCCAGAUGGAGAGGGGAAUGACAUAGAGCCGGAUGUAUUUGAUGUUCGCUGGCAGCCUUGGUAUCUGGCAACUGCCUCUUCUCCAAAAGAUAUCAUCAUGCUCAUUGACACGAGUGGUAGUGUUCAUGGACAGGUUUUACAGCUCUUGAAGCUCACUGCCAAAAUGCUCUUGAACACACUUGGAGAAGAUGACUACAUUCUCAUAGCUAAUUUUGCAGAGGAUGUCCACUCCAUCUCCUGUGGUGAAGAAAUGGUUCCUGUCACCAAAGCCAAUAGGGCUUAUCUGUUCCAACAGCUUGAUGAACUGAAAGAUCAUGGGAAGGCUGACUUCUCUCGUGCUCUACGAUAUGCAUAUAAGAAAUUUGAACAGCUUGCUGAAAAGAUGAACCAUGAACCCUGCAACCAGAUGAUUUUGUUCUUGAGUGAUGGUGGGACAGAAGAUGUGGGAGAACUGGUGAAGAGUCAUCAAAAGGAGUUCAGGAAGGACGGAUGUCCCAUCCGCAUCUUCUCUUACUCCAUAGGCCCGCAUCCAAUCCCACAAUCAGCUCUCCGCACCAUGGCAUGCAACUCCAAUGGGACCUUCACCAGCAUUCACACCAUGAGUGCAGUCCGAUCUCGAGUCUUGAAGUCCUAUAUUCCCACCCUGAAUCGUCCUCUGGCCCUCUACAAAGCAAAUGUGAUCCCUGGUGAUGUGGUUGCAUGGACAUCAGGAUUUCCAGACCCUGGUGGUGCUGGGCUGGUGAUAUCCCUAACAGUCCCUGUCUUCAACUACUCUACAGACUCUUCCACUCCAGAAUUCUCCAAAUUUCUGGGAGUGGUUGGAGUGGAUAUCUCCAUCAAGCAUCUGAUAGAAACCAUCACAACUCGCAAGCAGCUUCCCCCAAAUGCACUAGAUUCCCCGUACUCCUAUGGGUUCUUUCUGAAUGAGAAUGGAAUCUUGGCCUAUCACCCUCGCCUCCUGCCUCUCCAUAAAUCUCCUGUCCAUCAGCCAAGUGCCUUGGGCCUGGACAUCUUGGACCUGGAGCCAUGGGUGAAGAAAAUAAGGGAUUCACUCAUCAGCCGUGGGAAUGGAUCUCCAGAUCUGGAGGCUCUUGUCCUUGCUGGUUUCAGAUAUGCUUUUGCCAAGAAACUUCGAUACAUCCACACCAACCUCCAGCCAUCUCCUCUCAACUAUGCACUGGUGACACUGGAGGCAGGAGACAAGAGAUUCCAAGUACGGGGUCGAUUCACAGAUUGGAAUCGGUACUCCAGUCAGGUCACAGUACAAGCUCCAAACAUGUUCAUUGCAAACUGGGCUUCCUGUGGUGGAUCCCUGGAUAACUGCUCAGAUCAUUUGAAGUUGGACAUGGCAGCCAGUCUGGAGCUCUUGAGAAACUGGAGUAGUGUUGAAGUACAUCCAAGGGCAGAUGGGAUUGAAAAUCGAUUUAUCAUCACAGCUGGUGGACUCACUCUCCCCCCUUCUUCCAACUCUGAACUGCACCGGAGCCAGUUCUUCACCCAGGCAGCAAUGCACUCUCAGGGAAUCCUUCUCAGUGUCACUGGAACCCCAGAGGAUCCUCAUGUUCAUUUGAUUAAGGCCAUUCGCCCUUCAGAGGGCCCACCUACCUCUCUGGCAGCUGUUGUUGGAGUUGGGAUUGAUGUGGAAUACCUGAAUGAGCCUGUCCAAACUCCCCUUCUACAAGUCAUCCCUGAUGAGAAGUCAUGCCGAAAUCCCAAGGAACUUCAUUGCCUCAUGGUGGAUGAAAGUGGAACUAUCAUUUCAUCAAAUGUGGACCCUGGGGCAUACAUUGGCAGAAGCCUUGCCACUAAGGAUAGUGGACUCAUGAAUGCACUAGUCAAUGAGGGACUCUUCAAACGCUUGGAACUCCAUGAUUAUGAUGGGAAAUGUCGCAAACGCCGAGUCACAGCUGCUGCUUCUAGAUUUGAAACCUUGCUUGCUUGGGUUCCAACAUUGAUCUCCUAUUCUUGGUGGGAGAGCAUCUUGGCCACUGUUACAGGAGCAUUGGAACCAGAAGUGGUGAAGAAAAUAGACGAAAAGGAAUCCUGCAUUUUGCAAAUGUCCCGUUUCUACACACCUCCUGGGUUUCGAUCUACAAUUCGUGGAGAAUUUUCUCCAAAUUGUUCUUGGGCUGACUACAAAGGGUUGAGACAACCAGAUGACAUAGACUGUUCUCGACGACAGUUCACAGCUCAUCAGUUGACCAAAGUUCCCAAUGGAUUUCUCAUCAUUGCUGAACCUCCUUGUCCUUGUGAGAGCAGACCAAUGUUAUCAGAUUAUGAACUGGCUUCCCAGGACUCAGGCAUGAGCAUCAGAGUGAAUGGAAGUCACACAUGCAUGAUGGGAGGCCUUCGGCGAGUGCGACGAUCCUCUUGCUAUGCCUGCCACAGAAAGGAGGGAGACACAUGUGGCUGUUCUGCCUUGAAUGGAUCUAUUCUGCCCAUGAUCCUCUUCCUAGUCCUCCUCAUUUGUGGGAGCAAGAUCUUGUCAUGAAAAUUUGACUAAAGCUAGCAUAGUACAAAGGAGAACUAUAUGCUGGAAAAGGAUUAAUCUUCCCUUUUCAUCUUCAUUUUUCACCUGAAUUCCUCCCCCAUGAGGCUUCUUUCCAUGUCUUCAUUUUCAAAUCCUGUUUCCAUUCAUUCUCCCUUCCUUCCUUUCAUUGUAGAAGUGCCUGUAGACUCCUGUGUUCAUUUGAUAAUAAUCAAAAUUCCUCUCACAUUCCCUCCUCACUGUAGAGUUUGCUGUGCACAUUAGUCUUUAGUCCGUUUCUUGGUGGUUCUCACCAAAUGUAUUCUGAAUCCUGAUCUCAGCACAUUGAUAGUGAUGUAUAAUUGUAUGGCUACUGCAUUUGAGAGACUGUUUUCUAUCCCUGUCUUCGUUCUUGAGGACAACUGGAAGAUGUUUCACCCAUUCUGAGUUCUUGUGAGGAUUUUUCUUUCUCCCUCACAUGAAAGGACUCUUCUUUGAGUGUGUAACCCAGUGUUUACAAGAUGUGAUUUGCCUCAUCCUCCUGAAAAAAUAGCUAAGGUGUUCCUCAUUGAAUGUGAUACUAGCAGAACAUUAAUUUACAAAUCUUUGGACCUUUUCUGCUGAGUUUAUUUAUUUCCAGAGUUGCAUACCUAUGAGAAAGCUUUAUGCCACAUUUCUU